AUGUCUGUUCCCCAUCAUAUUUGGGGGCAUGCUGUUUUAUCUGCUGCAUAUUUGAUUAAUCGUACUCCUAGUCGAGUUUUUGAUUUCAAGACUCCACAUGAUGUAUUUGGUGACCAUGUUUCCCCUGUCUCAGUCUCUAAGUUGCCCCUUAAAUUUUUUGGGUGUAUUGCCUAUGUUCAUGUCUACUCUCAUCAACGGAGUAAACUUGAUCCUUGUGCUAUGCGAUGUGUUUUUAUUGGUUACUCUUCUACUCAGAAAGGUUAUAAGUGCUAUCAUCCACCUACCCAAAAGGUGCAUGUUACUUUGGACGUGACUUUCCAUGAAGAAGUGUCAUAUUAUGUCUCUCAUUCCUCUCCAACUCAGGGGAAAGGGGGAGCGAAUUUGAGAGUCUUGGAUUGGAGAAUGAUGUGUUUGAAGAUACUGCUUUCAGAAAGGAAACGACUUGUCGCACUGAAGCAAGUGAUCGGUCGCCCAUAUCUGAAGAUGAAACUUGUGGUCCCGGUGAAGAAACGACUGAUCGCCCUUUGGAACUCGACCAGUCGCCCAUGUCUGGAGAUGAAACAAGUGCUCUUGGUGUCGAAACGAUCGGUCACACUGAAGCAAGCGACCAGUCGCCUGUAUCUGAAAAUAAUGACAGUGAUUCUUGUAUGGAUGAGUUCGUUGCAAUACCCCCUCUGCCCUGCCAGUGCCCCAAUUUCUCGUGAGAGUGAAUCAAGUGAGGAGGAGAUUUACAUCGAUCUUCCUCCUAAUAUUCCUGUAACCUCUAAGGAGGGUGUUGUGUGUAAGCUGCGGAAGUCUUUAUAUGGAUUGAAGCAGCCUCCAAGAGCGUGGUUUAGGAGAUUUGCAGUAUCUAUGAAGAAAUUUGGGUAUGUGCAGAGUAACUUAGACCAUACUUUGUUUCUAAAGCGUCAUAAAGGUAAAUUGACAGCUUUAAUUAUUUAUGUUGAUAAUAUGAUUGUGACUGGAGAUGAUAAGCCAGAAAUGCAAAAUCUUCAGAAGUAUCUGGCUUCCGAGUUUGAAAUGAAGUCAUUGGGGGAUUUGAAGUACUUUCUUAGGAUUGAAGUUGCCAGAUCGAAACAUGGUAUCUUUCUGUCUCAAAGAAAGUAUAUUUUGGAUUUACUUGCGGAGACUGGAAUGUUAGAUUGUAAACCAAUUGAUACCCCUGGUGAACAGAAUCAUAAGUUGGGGUUAUAUCCUGAUCAAGUCCCUAUAGAUAAAAAGCGUUAUCAACGACUUGUGGGGAAAUUGAUUUAUUUAUCUCAGACACGUCCUGAUAUUGCAUAUGCAGUGAGUGUAGUGAGUUAG